AUGGCGUUUUCGGUGCCCGGCUACUCGCCCAGUUUCAAAAAGCCGCCCGAGACCUUGCGGCUGCGACGGAAAAGGGUCCGGAGCCUCGGCGCUGACCUCUCCGCCGGGGAGCGACCCGAGCCGGAACCCCGCCGCGCCGUCCUAGCGGCCGGGCUGCCUCUGCGCCCCUUCCCGGCGGCGGCGGGCAGAGGCGGCGGCGGCCCGGGCCCGGCCGGGAGGAACCCCUUCGCCCGCCUGGACAACCGGCCGCAGGCCGCUGCGGAGACCCCCGACGUGCCGCCCCGCGGCCCGCAGCAGGCGCCGGGCCCGUUUUCAGAUUCCGAUCAAGAAAAUGAUUUGCUCCGGGAAGAGCAGUUUCCUGAGGGAACAGCCGUUACCGAAUUCACCCAGACUUCACACAGAUCAUUCUCCGAAUCUGAUACUCCACCCUCAGAAAGUACAGAGUUACCUGCAGACUGGAGCAUUAAAACUCGACUCCUUUUCACCUCUUCUCAACCCUUCACCUGGGCAGAUCACUUCAAAGCCCAGGAGGAGGCGCAGGGCAUCGCCCAGCACUGCAGAGCCGCAGAAGCAGCUCUGCCUCCGAGCGGACAGGAUCCCAAACUUUCCACGGAGCUUCGCUGUGCUUUCCAGCAGAGCCUUAUCUAUUGGCUGCACCCCGCCUUCCCCUGGCUGCCGCUGUUCCCUCGCAUUGGAGCCGACAGGAAAAUGUCGGGAAAGACAAGCCCUUGGUCAAAUGAUGAAGCCCUGCAACACAUUUUAAUGAGUGACUGGUCCGUGAGCUUCACUUCUCUAUAUAAUCUCCUGAAAACAAAACUUUGCCCCUAUUUCUACGUUUGCACCUACCAGUUUACUAUCCUCUUCCGUGCAGCCGGGUUAGCAGGGAAUGAUGUAAUCACGGCUCUCAUGUCUCCUACAACCAGAGGCGUAAGAGAAGCUAUGAAAACUGAAGGUAUUGAAUUUUCUCUGCCUUUAAUAAAAGAAAAUGGCGAUGAGAAGAAAGCAUCUGGAACGAGCUUGGGACACGGGGAGGAACAAGCAAUCAGUGAUGAGGAUGAAGAAGAAAGUUUUUCCUGGCUGGAAGAGAUGGGUGUACAAGAUAAAAUUAAAAAACCAGACAUACUCUCUAUCAAGUUGCGUAAAGAGAAGCAUGAAGUACAGAUGGAUCACAGGCCAGAGUCUGUCGUGUUGGUGAAGGGAGCAAACACCUUCAUGUUGCUGAACUUUCUGAUGAACUGUAAGAGUUUAAUUGCUGCCUCAGGUCCACAGGCAGGACUUCCACCAACCCUCUUAUCACCGAUCGCUUUCCGAGGUGCCACAAUGCAAAUGCUUAAGGCGCGAAGUGUAAACGUGAAGACACAAGCUGUUUCUGGGUACAAAGAUCAGUUUAGCCUGGAGAUCUCAGGCCCUGUCAUGCCGCACGCUCUCCACGCCGUGACCAUGCUCCUCCGGGCCUCGCAGAGCGGCUCGUUUUCUGCAGGGCUGUGCACACACGAGCCCACUGCCGUGUUUAACAUCUGCCCUCCCGCGGAUAAAGUGCCGGAGAAGGGGACUGUCCACAAGGAGCUCGCUCACUGCGGGUUGCACCCUAAGACUCUGGACCAACUCAGUCAGACGCCAACCCUGGGGAAGUCAGCCUUGCGGAAUGUGGAAAUGAGUGACUACACUUACAGUUGGAGAUCCUGAACACCAAAAUCUCCAUCAGGGCAGACACAGGGUGUUUGCCUGCAGAGAACAAGAACCAGUCAGUAGUUACACUUCCGCCGCCCGUGGCGACACAUGAUGAAUUCAAGGUGCUGGCAGGCAAGCAGAAGUGCAGGACCCCUCACCUGACAGGUCUUUCAUCGCUGCAGAGAAGUUCCCGGACCUCUUCUGCGCUCUCUCCCCUACAGCCACAAGACCUUUAAAAAGAAGUAAACUUUCACUAAAUGUAUUUCCAAGAUCACCAUCAACUACAAUGUAGUACAACAAAACCACCAUUUCUUAUGUAGGAACCACACCCCAUGCCCUAAAAUCUUAACACUCAACACAUCCCCCCCCCACCCUUGUUUCUUCUCUAUUCAUCAUCCGGACUUCUAUUUUGCUGUUUCAACAUG